CGCGCAUACCACCAGUGCUGCUCGAAUACUAUUUCACACGUUCAAAGGGCUUAAACCCGCCAGUUCCGGAUUAAAAUCACGCCCCACAAACACGACGCUGACGCCUGUAAUCCACAAUUAAACAAAAGCCAACCACGUGGCCGCCCUUUGAACUAGGCUGUGUAUACGUCUCGACCCUCCACGCCGCGACUGUGCUUCGCCUAACUAGACUGAGGCGCUCCUCCCUUAAGGGGCGGUUCCGGGAAAGUUGUAAACUCAUCGGCCCAGGCUUAGCAACCGAGCUGUCUCUAGCGUCAACAAAAGAAAAAGGCGGACCGGCUGCGACAGCCGGAGCAGCGGCGACGCCUUGGAACUCGCUCCUCCUGUCGGUCACAAUGAGAUGGAAGCGGCUAGGUAGCCCGAACCAGAGAUGAAACUUUUCAAUCAACUCUCUCACAAUGAACAGACACGAAAUUCAUGCUUGUGGGGAUCAUAGAAGGAAACAAAAAAUCAACAUUAUUGGAGUGACAGGCACUGUGGGUAAACGGCUUGCAAGGAAUGAGCAAGUUACUUUGAGUGGGAUGCCUAAAAAGAAUCCUGAAAAAUCUAAGACAUUGGUUACCUUCAAGAAGAACUUGGAAGAAAAAGAAAGGAGGGAUCAUGGUAUUCAGUGGGACUUGGAUGUGCAACCUCUCAUCUCUUCUGCUAAAUGGCUUCAGCUGCAUGGGCUCAAAAGGAACAAGUUGACCUUUUCUCAGAUUUUAUCCCAGAUUGGAUUUCAGCACAAAGAAGAUUAUGUAUCCAUCUUGGGGAAACUUGUGGCUUCUCGAUAUGCAAAUGGGUUGUAUCGCCAAUAUAUGACAGCACCAGACGGCAAGCUCUAUAAUCUGACAGCCAAAAAAGACCUCCUCUUUCAUUUUGUGGAUUGUCUUACUGGAGCUAUUGAACUGUAUAAACAAAGAAUGGAAUGGCUAACAACUGAAAGCCGGCAAAUAUUUGGAGUGAUUCAGGAACAGAGCAUCACUAUUGUUCUGGAUUUUGGUGUUGCUUCUAGAGCUGAGUUUGAUCUGUGCAAAGAGGCACUUUUUAUGGUCUUCAAACAGCAAGUGGCCCAAAUUUCCAAAUUUAACCUUAUUCGUGUGGGUCAAGAUCUUGUGAAGUGGCAGAAGGAAACUGUUCCUGUGACAGAGGCCUCUAUUGAUGCUGCUGUCAAGUGGUUGUGGACGAUGGACUACAUGCCAGCUGUUUGCCACACAGGCCCCACUGAAGCUAUCCUGGAGGCAUUGUUUGACGAUACGACUGAUGCUGUAUACUAUUUCAUUGUGGGUGAUCUGCAGGAAUGCUUGAAGCAUUUGCUCUUGCAGAAGAUAUCAAGGAGCCCAUGUCCAGUCCAUACCGUGUCUUUUAAUGCAAGAGAAGAAGAAACUAUUGCUUUCUUAAAGGAGCUGAGUCAUCUGACCACUGGCAGGUUCCAUGCAUUUGUAGAAAGAACUGACUACAUGGACGUGAUGGGAACUUCAAUAAGUGACGAGGAUGAGAAACGUUUGCUUACCCAGAAUUCAAGAAAACUGAAAGGGGAUCUGCCUCUAGGAGCUGGUGUCAGAGAAGAUGUCUACCUGAUUUGGAAGGAGCUGGAGGAAGCCAGGAAUACACUGAUACAAGUUCAGAGAAUUAUGAUAGAGUUUGAGCAGUCUGAAUCUCUUUCAGCAGCUAAAACUGACUGUUCUGUCAGUGAGCCAAAAGCAAAAGAUUAUGUGAAUUCCAAGGAGUGGCUUCAGAAGAAUGGCUUGAAAGCACAGAAGCUGACCAUAUCGAAAGCAUUUGCCGAUCUUGCUUUUCGUCAUGCAGAUGGGAUUGUUGACAUAAAAACCAAGCCAGAAGAUGAGUCUUUUCAAACUGAUGCUGAGACUAACAAGAAGAUAAUCCAUGCAAAAUACUGUGACAAGUUUAUGUAUACAUUGUUAGAAGAUGGGUCUAUAGUUCACAUACAUUUGAACAGUGAAAAGUGCAGACAGUAUGAAGAUAAAAUGAAGAAUGCUCUUGAUCAAAUGGAAAGAAGAGUGUCUUUCUAUAGACUUCAGGAGCUGAGAAAAGGGAGCAGAGCACUCUUUGGGGAAGUAAUUGAAGAUAACAUCUAUAUUCUCAUUGAUACAUCCCAGUCUAUGAGAGACAAACUGCCAGUGGUGAAGCAGAAAAUAUUUCAGCUCAUGCAGGAACAACUGCAAAACAAAACCAAAUUUAACCUUGUUAAAUUUGACAAUGAGGCAGUGGCUUGGAAAGAGAAGCUUGCUAUAGUUAAUGAAGAAAAUUUGGAAGAUGCUGUUCUUUGGGUAAAAGGACUGGAGGUUGGAAAUUCUACAAAUACACUGAAAGCGCUUCAGAUUGCCUUUUCUGAUAGUGACACUCAAACCAUUUAUCUUCUUACUGAUGGGAGACCUGAUCAGCCCCCCUAUAGGAUUUUAGCCCAGCUCGAACUUCAGCGGAACAUCCCAGUUCACACUGUUUCCUUUAACUGUGAUGAUACCGAAGCAAAUAAAUUCUUACAUGCAUUGGCCAGUAAGACAGGUGGACGGUUUCAUUACUAUCAUAUUUGUCUGAGGGACCCUGAUGCUCCAAAACCUUUUGAGUGGGAGGAUAUAUAUCUACUUAAAAAAGAGAUUGAACGAGGAGAAAAAGAACUGAAAAAAAUACAAACCUUUUGCACUGACAAUGUAUUGAUGGAUUUGUUUAAUGGAGCAAAAGGUCGUCACGAUAAACAUUGCAGGCAGCCUUUUACUGCAUCCACAGUAACCACACACGUUGAGGGUCUGAACCCCCCAUCUCCAGAUAGGCCAUAUUGGGCCUCUGAAGCGCCUGCAUCAGCUUCACCAGAGCCUGGUACGGAUGGAUGUGAGGCACGCUCUGAAAGUCCAACCAGAAAGAAGAAAGCUUUAUAUGCAGAACAAACAAAGAGUAGCAUGCUUAGAACUCAGCGCUAUGCGUCAAAGCCUACUGAACGAAGUACAAAUGGAAGAGCAUCUCCUGAAAGAAAAGGGACUGCUACAGAGGAGAAGACACAAAAUGGUAAUAAAAAGAUAAAUAAAGACCCUUUAGAUAUUCCCUCUGCUCAGUGGCUGAAGACGCACGGUUUGGUUGCUAGGCGACUCACCAUAAUGGAUGCCUUGGCCCCAACUGCUAUUCCUCGUACAACUAAAUACAUUCCGAUUCUAGACAAACAUGUUGUUUCAAAAGUAUUUGAUGAUGUUCUCCCUUUUGCCCACGUGAGCAACAAUAAGAAAAUUGUUACGCUGAUUAAUCCUCAGGCAGUGGAUCUUGAUGCCUACAAGAAGAAGCUGCAAGAAGCAAUAAAAGUAUAUGAAAGGCGCCUUGAUCAAAUUAUUUGGAGAGCAUUACCCCAGGAGGAAAAAGAGAAGUUUGAACAGGACCGGCCCGUCUCAUAUAUAGAACGUAAGGAAUCUUUGCUCCAGGCCUUAGAAAAUGCAAGUUGGCCCAUUGCCUAUGAAGAUGUGAUGUUGUUGGAAGAUGAGAUUCUGACAGGAUUAACAUACAAAGAACAGGCUUCUGAACUUCAGGAAGCUUCCAAAGAGGAGCCCCAGAGAAUCUGCCCACUUCGGAUCUUCCCUACUAAAGAGAAAUUUUCAUCAAAGCUACAAGCAAAGAAGCAGAAAGGAAAAGGGGUUGAUACUCUCAAAGGCCAAAGGGUCAUUGCAAGAUCAGAAAGCACAGGAUUUUACUACCCAGGGACAGUAAUAAGAAGCAUCACACCUUUUUAUGCACUUGUUGAUUUUAUUAAUGGACAGACUGAGAUUGUACCACUGAAGUUCAUUAUACCUGUAGGGGGUGCAAUGCCUUGUCCAUCUUUGCAGGUUGGAGACUAUGUAUUUAUCAGAGUUAGGAAACAAUCAGGAGACGAGCAUUAUGUACCUGGGGUUGUCAUAGCAAUGCCACAAAAAACUGAUUUGGAUGAUAAACUGUAUACAGUUUUGAAAUACAACAACAGAAAGGCACACUGUGUACGAAAUGGGCUUAUUAAAAUUAGUCUUAGAAGGUAUACCUGUUCCUGCUGCUACAUAAAUAUGACCCGGAUGAUGGAUUACCUUAUACCAAACAUAAAGGUUGCGAAGCACUUCCACAGAGCAUUUCCAGCUGAAGAGAGAGAGAGAAAAACCAUCUCUGUAGGAGGGGAUCGGAAGAAGAGGAACAGAAAAGGAGGAGUUAAGAGCAAGGAGUUCUGCAAAGCAUGGCCUUCCUCCAACUCUGAUGAGAUGUUGGUCAUCCCCAGAAGGCUGAUGAGACUGAAAGAAAGUAAUUCAUCACCAUCCCCUUGUUGCAAAGAUGGAAGUGCAGCACCUACUUAUCGUGGCUUGCCACGCCCUCAUUCUCCAAGGGGUAGAAAGCAGUGGCUGUCUUCAAACGCUUCUGAGUUUAGGCUACCUAAGAGUCUUCGUUGCUCUCGCUGUCCUUCUAUGCGCCAGCAGAGCGCCCCUCAGCUUGUUAGCAACACCUUCAGCAGCAGCAGCAGCAGCAGCAGCAGCAGCAACACCUCCCUUUCCAGCAUCGAGAAGGUGGAAGAGUUGGCGAGACGGCUUCAACAGUACCACAUAGCUCAAAAGAAAGGCCGCCCUGCCAGCUGCAAAUAAAGAACAGCACAAGUUGUG